GCCUCUCCGCCCCGCUCCGCUCCAGAUUGCGCGCACCCACCCAUGGCGCUCGCCGCUUCCCACCACGGCCUCCUGCCCUUCGCCCCCGCUGCCACGCCUACCCCGUCACGGGGGCACCUGCGCUUCCGCGCCGCGCGCCCUCUGCCUCGCCCCGCCCGGAGAAUUUGUUGCCAAUCUAUCAACUCAGCUAAUGUGUUGGGAGCUUCUUCAACGACAUCUGAUGAGGCAAUCCCAGUCCCAGUUGUCCAGAUAGAUCAGGACUCAGACCGUGAUGCGACUAUUGUGCAGCUAAGUUUUGGAGAUCAUUCGGGGAUACUACUUGACACGAAAUGCUUAUCAGUAUUUGCUUGGUUUAUAUGUUGCAGUGUUACAAAGAACAGUAUGUAUCAGAUGAUGCAGCCUCAGAUUGAUAUACUUCUUUUUGAGAUAAUUUUUCCUCUUAUGUGCUUCAAUGACAAUGACCAAAAGUUAUGGGAAGAAGAUCCCCAUGAAUAUGUUCGCAAGGUCUAUGAUAUCAUCGAAGAUUUGUACAGUCCCCGAACAGCUGCUAUGGACUUUGUGAGUGAAUUGAUUAGAAAGCGAGGGAAAAACAAUCUCCAAAAGUUCAUUCAUUUCAUUGUGGAUAUUUUUAGGAGGUAUGAUGAAGCACCUGCUGAUCUUAAGCCAUAUCGCCAAAAAGAUGGUGCUCUUCUCGCUAUUGGGACACUCUGUGAUAAACUGAAGCAAACAGAUCCAUAUAAAACAGAGCUUGAGAGUAUGCUGGUCCGACAUGUCUUUCCUGAAUUCAACAGUCGUGUUGGACACUUGCGAGCAAAGGUGGAAUAUAUUAGCUCUUCACUGGUCAAUAAUGAUAUAGAAUACUAA